UUGAAGUGGUUCAGCCCGAGCCCUUUUCAUUCAUAAAAGAAAAGACUCCGCGAGGAGCAAGUGAGUCAGAACCGAAGCCGCCGACGCGGACCCCACAGAGCAGCCAGCCAGGGCAUGUUCCGAGACUUCGGGGAACCCGGACCGAGCUCCGGGGCCGGCGGUGCGUACGGCGGCCCGGCGCAGCCCCCCACUUCAGGCCAGCAGAAGUUCCACCUCGUGCCAAGCGUCGAUGCUGUCAGUGGCAGCCAGGAACUGCAGUGGAUAGUACAGCCUCACUUCCUGGGACCCAGCAGCAGCUAUCCCAGGCCCCUGGCCUACCCCCAGUACAGCCCCCCCCAGCCCCGGCCAGGAGUCAUCAGGGCCCUAGGGCCACCUCCAGGGGUCCGUCGCAGGCCCUGUGAACAGAUCAGCCCGGAGGAGGAGGAGCGCCGUCGAGUGAGGCGCGAGAGGAAUAAGCUGGCCGCGGCCAAGUGCAGGAACCGGAGGAAGGAACUGACCGACUUCCUGCAGGCGGAGACUGACAAACUGGAGGACGAGAAAUCUGGUCUGCAGCGAGAGAUUGAGGAGCUGCAGAAGCAGAAGGAGCGUCUGGAGCUGGUGCUCGAAGCCCACCGUCCCAUCUGCAAAAUCCCGGAGGGGGCCACGGAGAGGGACACUGGCGACACAGGCGGUACCAGCGGCACCAGCAGCCCACCACCAGCCCCCUCCCGCCCUGUACCAUGUAUCUCUCUUUCCUCGGGGCCUGUGCUUGAACCUGAAGCAUUGCACACCCCCACGCUCAUGACCACACCCUCCCUGACUCCUUUCACCCCUAGCCCUGUCUUCACCUACCCCAGCACCCCUGAGCCCUGUGCCUCAGCCCAUCGCAGGAGUAGCAGCAGCAGCGGGGACCCAUCCUCCGACCCUCUGGGCUCUCCCACCCUCCUUGCCUUAUGAGGCAAACUAGCAUCCCUACCCACGGGUGCCACCCUAGCCAAUGCCUUCCCACCCACUGGUCCAGCUGGUCUGGACCAUAUCCCAUGCCCAAGCCCAGCAGGUUCUUCUCCAUGCCUCCAGAUGAGACUGAGCAUAUUUUGCUUCCUAGUAGAGCCAGCUUGGGGCCACCAACGCUGCCCACGGUUUUUCUAGAGCUGGCUUCUCUAGCAAUUUGCACUAAAUCAGAGACAAAAGAUUUCCUAUUUGUUCGCGAGAACUCCUGGCAGCCCAAAAGGACUUUGUGACUCCCUAGAGGUCCUCUCGAGCCCUAACUCCCUCCAGACCACACCUACAGUCUUCAUCACCCUCUUCCUGUGAUCCACCCAAUCCUACUCUGACGGGUGAUACUCUACCAGCCUAGAACACUAACUCACCUAGCCCCACACUGCCAGCAGCACCAAGUGAUUGAACCAGGGCAUUCUGCUGGCCCCUCCUGAAUGGCAGGAGGGUGUCAGAGGCUUCUGUGAUGAGCUGACCUGCAGCCCCCAGCUCUGAGAAGACUUUAGCUCCAGGGAAUCCAAGCCUCCACAACGAAGGCAGCUGCUAUUUAUUUUCCUACAGAGAGUAUUUUUAUACAAACCUGCCAACAUGGAAUAAAAGGCUUGAAGCUCUG